AUGUCUUUCGGGUGGUCAUUUGGCGAUCUCGUGGAUGCUAUCAAAGUAUUAGUGAACGUGGCUGCUUCACUGAAGGAGAUUGGCGGUUCCAAAGAUCAUUACCAACAAGACAGUGCAUAUCUAGUAUAUCUCGCCAGUACCCUCCAGUAUCUGGCGGAUCAUGACUCUGAUCUACCUCGGGCAUCGGAAGGAGUCGACACCCUCAAACAGUCUGUGGAGCGGUUUGCAAGGCGACUAGGCACCAAGUUCGGAGAUAGCCUGGGCGGCGAAACUAAGAGCAACGGGCAGCCUCUUAUUAAUAGACUGAAGAAUGCACCCCGAAUGAUCCAGUAUGGUUUGUUUGUCUCACGUGAAGUCGACGAGUUACGUCGUAGGAUUGAUAUCCCCUUGAAAAAUGUCAUUGUUGGCCUUGGCAUCGACAACAACAAGAUCGCUACUCAAAUUCAUCAAACCGCACUGCAAACACACUAUGUUCUCGAUGAUCUGGCAAUCUCACUGUCCAAUCUCUCAGCAAAUACAUUAGCGAGUGAAGAACGAGCGAAACUGGCGCAGCGCGAACACAACAUAUCACAGGUGACACACUGGCUCAAUCCAAUGCCACUUGAGGAUAUUCAUCAUCAGUUACUUGUCAGCCUAGUUCAUGGCUCCUGCGAAUGGCUCUUUGACAGAGACAAGUUUACUUUCUGGAAGUCGGCGGAUAAAAUUCACAAUAGAUAUCGGAUGCUCUGGAUCAUGGGCAAGGCGGGAGCCGGCAAAACUCAUUUAGCAGCUCGGGUCAUUGAAGGAUUAAAGCAGUCAGCGAACAAGCUCGCAUACUUCUACUGCGAUGCUAAAGAUGACAGACGUAGGUCUGUCAUCAGCAUCUUGCGCAACUGGGCCUGGCAACUACUCCAAGAAGAUCCGUUUUUGCUGGAUGAUAUGAUUUCUAUCAUAGAGAAGAAGCAGUUGGCGAGCCACACUGUUCUUGAGGAUAUCUUAUUUACCACCCUGCAAAGAUUAAAGGGUAUAAUCCUCGUCGUCGACGGGUUUGACGAAUGCGAAGCUCAAGAGCAAGUGAAGCUUUAUCGAGUCCUAGCUCGCUUUUCCCAGGAUGCCCGAGUUUUGGUUUUUCGAAGAACGCAAGAUUCUUCCAGCAAGUCGAUGGCUCCAGAAGAAUGCUUCAUUCUAUAUGAUAUUUCUGAAGAAGACAACUCGGCUGAUAUCCACCGAUACAUUGAGGAAGCUGUGACUAACCUGGAAAUCGACGAUGAUGAUAUCAGAAGGACUAUUGAUACAACGCUACGAUCGGGUGCUAAUGGGAUGUUCUUAUGGGCGGCACUGAUGAUUGAAGAGUUACGGAAGCCACUUUUCAGUGACGCCGAUUACCUCGAGAAACUGAAAUAUCUACCGCAAGAUCUCAACAUGCUGUAUAGUCGAAUCCUGCAGGGCCUCUCUUCUCACCCUCAAGAUAUUUUAAUCUCGAAAAACCUUCUGCAGCUCAUGGCAUGUGCGCGCAGACCACUAACUCUUCAUGAGAUUGGUGCCUCCAUGAAGGUCACUGUUGGUGGAACCAAAGUCGGGGCAUCCCCCAUGUCUGAGAAGCGACUUCGACAGACCAUUCUUCAUUACUGUGGACCUUUGGCCAUAAUCUACAAACGGCCCGGCGCUUGCCCUACGGCAACCCUUGUUCAUUCAUCCUUACAAGAGUUUUUCUUUGAUCCCCAAGAAGGUGAUGGUCAGACUCCCUUCCAAAUCAAUAAGGGUCAUGCCCAUUUGGCUCUAACGCAAAUAUGUUUAACAUAUCUCUGCUACGACGAUGUAGAAGCUCCCCCAUACAAUGUGUUUGAUGAAGUGGGAACGUCAGAAGAUACAGACAGAAUGUCGUGGGACCACAGUACAAUGAGGGCCUACAUGGAAAGUCAGGUCGCUGCUUUUCUUGGGAAAUAUCCCCUUUUGGAAUACUCGUCUCUCCAUUGGUGGUGGCACCUCGCCCGUUCGUCGUCAUCGAUAGAAACUUACAAUCUUCUUCUACGUUUGUGCCGCUCCAGUCGGAAGACUGUCAGGUGGCUUCAAAUGGUUCAAUACUUCCGUGGUGACCGUGGCAUUUGGGGUUCGGCUAAGGGCCCACGAGAUCUAGAGGAGAUUGCCGCCCUCCAAGAAGUGCUCCCCGCGAAUGAUACAACCUUCUCUACCUGGUUAAAACCAUUUGGUCGUGAAUAUCACAGCCGAGUUAGCCUCACACGAUGGCAACAUUUUCUCCUUUGCGGGACAGCGAAUGACUUCUUGCCCGAAAUUCACGUCGCAGCGUACUUUGACUUUGCUCAGCUGGUCGAAGAUUACCUUCUUGAAGGUGUGAAUGUGAAUCAGAGGUCUCACACAAGGCAGCCACCUCUCUCUCUUGCCGCUAUUGGCGACUCAUUUAACAGCAUGAGGGUUUUGCUACGAUAUGGAGCAGACGUAGAUGCAACAGGCUGGCAACACGCGACUCCCCUACAAUGGACAAGUCGGACUUCGGCCUGGUCUGCAACAUAUCCAGUACCAUAUACUGCUGGACAGAUCUUGCUCGACGCAGGUGCACGAAUAUCUCGGGAUUGUAACAACAACUUCUUAGCGGUGAUCUGCCAAAACUCAUUUCCCCAAGAUCCAUUCUGUCUUCCUUUCAUCUCGUCGCUGUUAAAACAUGGUGCAGAGACUGUGAUAGAUCAAGGUCAUCCUCGUCCUGCUAUUCAUUGGGCUGCCAUAUGUGGCAAUGCACCCCUUGUCAAGCUUUUACUUGAGCAUGGAGCCAAGCAUGAUUCUAGUCCUCAGGGUGUUCCGGGUAGGGAAACACCACUUUUACACGCAUGUGCCACUAAAGGAGAUAAGGCGAGCGUUGUUGAGCUGCUUCUUAGUGUUGGUGCCUCGGUGUCAGCUCGACGUGACGAUGGUCGUUCAGCGUUGCAUCUAGCAUCCAAACAUCCACCGCAAAUUGGAAUUAUGUUGCUCCAGGCCGGUGCAGAUGUCAAUGCAAGAUCUACGGAUGGCUGCACUCCAUUACAUGAUGCAAUUGUGGAAGAAAACAUGGAAGUGAUCGACUUGCUACUCGCAAAUCAUUCUACCAUGGAUAUUAAAAAUGAAGCAUCGUUAACUCCACUAGCGCUCGCAGUUGAGAACCGUUGUUCUGGUGCCAUCCAGAGACUUCAGACUGCUAAUACGAUUGUGGAAAGACUUGACGCACGGGUGCCAACACAGCCAUCCAUCUACUGGCCUAGACAUCCCCGUGAUAUUUUUGAGGUUUAUUGGGUUCUACAGCUAGCUUGGGCUCCCCACAAACCCCCACAAUUUAUAUUGCUUCGGAUACUAGACUUGGCAAGAUAUUGGCUGCGGUCUCAGGCAUCCCGAGUAGGGCUAAUAAGCUGCGAUGAGAAAGAAUGUCAAGAUCGUCGGCCAUAUUUGACUUCUGAGCCGAUCCGAGGCGGAAAAUAUAGACCCGUGCGGGAGAUUCAGUUUGUAAUCUGGAGUCAUGACCAAGGCUUCAGUUCCUAUCCUGAACUCCAUGGUACUUUCGAGUCCUCCUUCACUUGGUUCGAGGUCGGCAUCAAACAGCUACCUGAGCGACUGUCUAUUGAUAUUAGAGAGGAAGAGAGAGUCUUAACGGCCAAUAUUCACGCAAGCAGGAAGUUGAGGCGUCAUCAAAUAAUAUACGGUGAGUUAGCGAUCAAGCAGAUGGGCUGGGUGGAAAAGCUUCAGGUGGGUGAUAGGGUUUCAAUUAUUCCUAUGGCUCGGUAUCCUGCCUGGAGGAAUUUUGUGAGUGAGGCUUCGAUUGAGAUUUUCAGUACGUGUUUAGUGAGAGUUGAGGGGAGAAAUUAG